GAAGGAGGAGGCGGCGGCCGGCGCACCGCGCCCCCAACCGCUCGGCCCCGCGCUCGCGCCGCUACUCCGCAAGGUCGGGGCGGCGGGGCCGGCGCCCAUGGCCCGCCGGGCCGUGCGCCGCCCCCUCGCCGCGCUCAUUGGCCGGCCCGCGGCGCCCCGCCUCCGCGCCGGCCCUCAAGAGGGCGACGAGGAAGCGGCGCCGCCCGCGCCCCGCCCCUCGGGCUCCUCGCUGGCUCCCGGCGCUCCGGCCGCUCCCGGCCCGUCCGGCUCCUCGGCUCCGGCUCCGGCUCCGGCUCCGCGCGGCGGCGGCGGGCAGUCGCAGUGGUGCAGAAUGGCUGACCUCAGUCUUGCAGAUGCGUUAACAGAGCCGCCUCCAGAGAUCGAGGGGGAGAUUAAGCGGGACUUCAUCGCCACGCUGGAGGCAGAGGCCUACGACGACGUCGUGGGAGAGACUGUCGGGAAGACAGACUACAUUCCCCUCCUGGAUGUCGAUGAGAAGACGGGGAAUUCGGAGUCAAAGAAGAAACCACGUCCAGAUCCUGGCCAGGUGGAAGGCACUCCGUCCCCUAAAGCAGCGAUGCUGGCCAACGGUGACCACGGCCCAGGAGGGGAGGGCCCUGCAGUGUCUCCAGCUGCCUUUCUUGAAGAGAAAAUGGCCUUCCAGGGGUAUCAGAACAACCAGAACUGGCCAGAAAACACAAACUUCUACUUUGAACCUGAGCAAGGGGUACAUCCUAUCCAGACUGAUCCCUUCCGGAUGCCCUGCGGUGGCGGCCUGGAAGACCUGCUCUUCUUUCCCGGCGGAGCCAGCCUCGCCCCCGCGCCGGCACCGUGGAGUGACCCUGUGACAGGCGGCGACGGUCAUCUUCCCCGAGACACAUUUACUCCUGAAGCGGUGGUACCUCAGGGCUGGCCUGUGGGAGCCCCCAACUUGCCCCCCGUGGGGGUCUUCAUUCCCCCAGGGGCCGCGCUGCCACUGCAGCCCGCAGCAGGGCCAGCCGGGGAGGGAGACAUGGCAUCGGAAGGAGAGAGGGCAUCAGCCAGAGCCCUGGAGAUGAUGAUGGGCCUGCAGGCCACUGGCAUGGCACCGUCUGGAGAAACGGAGGUGGCCCUGGCUCAGGACCUGGCACCAGUCGCAGGAACAGAGGUGGCACUGGCCAGAGACGUGGCAUCACCUACCAAAGAAGAUGAGUCAUUCGCCAAGAACACGGAAUCAUCCACGGAGCCAGACAUGGCUGUGGACAUGGACGUGGUACUCCCUGUAGAAUCCAAGGAAACCACAGCCAAGGACGGAAUGCUGUUCAGUGAGACAGAGAGGGCACCUCCCUUCAGCGGGGACGUGGCUCCAGCUGAAGGCAUGGGCUCACUCACAGAAAUGGAGGUGGCAUUGGCUAAGGACAUUGUAUCACCCACAGCCAAGGAGUUGGCCUUGUCCUCAGAAACAGAGGUGGCCCCGGGCAAGGACCUGGCUCCGCCCCCACAAGCACAGGUGGCCCCGGGCAAGGACCUGGCUCCGCCCCCGGAAGCACAGGUGGCCCCGGGCAAGGACAUGGCUCCGCCCCCGGAAGCACAGGUGGCCCUGGACAAGGACCUGGCUCCGCCCCCGGAAGCACAGGUGGCCCUGGACAAGGACCUGGCUCCGCCCCCACAAGCACAGGUGGCCCCGGGCAAGGACCUGGCUCCGCCCCCGGAAGCACAGGUGGCCCUGGACAAGGACCUGGCUCCGCCCCCGGAAGCACAGGUGGCCCUGGACAAGGACCUGGCUCCGCCCCCACAAGCACAGGUGGCCCCGGGCAAGGACCUGGCUCCGCCCCCACAAGCACAGGUGGCCCUGGACAAGGACCUGGCUCCGCCCCCGGAAGCACAGGUGGCCCUGGGCAAGGACCUGGCUCCGCCCCCACAAGCACAGGUGGCCCCGGGCAAGGACGUGGCUCCGCCCCCACAAGCAGAGACUCCCCUGGCUAAGGAUGUUGUACCAUCUUCUGAAGCAGAGGGGGCCCCAGUUCCAGCGAAGGACAUGGGGAUUGUGCGGACACCAGGAAAACUGAGUGAGGCUUUCCAGGUAGCGUCUCUCCAGGGAGAGGGGCCUUCAGCUGAACCUGCUUCCGUGACCUCACCAGAACCGGGCACAGCCGGCAGCCAGACGUUCGCCGUGCCAGCAGACGAGGCACCUGUGCCAGAGGACCCCGCGCAAAGGAAGCCUUUCAGCGGACAGCCUCCGGAGCCUUCCGCAGAGCCCACAGGUGCCCUUCCCACCGGAGCCAAGCAAGCGUGCAGACCCAGGGUCCGCAGGGCCGCCCGGCCCCGGCCUGCCCGGGCUCCUCCCGAGCUGCUGGGGGGCUCUUCACGGAAGACUCUGGAUCCCGAGCUGGGCCCCUGCUCUGUGCCCGAGGCCGGCGGGGGCUCUGGCUCGGUCUCCUGCGCGGAGCCUGGGAGCCAAAGGAAAGCCCCUCCCGGGGACCUCCUUGAAACACAGAGGGAUGCUGGCAGGGAGGCCUGGGAUGGAGACAGCGCAGCAAUGAUGGCGAAGAAGAAAAAGAAGAAACCAAAGCAAAAGAGAGAUUCUCAGCCCCGGGCUGGGGGGCCUUGGGAUGAAGACAGCACAAAAGAGGCUGACGGUCACCCCUCCGCAGCUGACGCCCAGAAACCGGGUGUUCUCCCCAGCCAGCCUGCCACUGUGGGCGUGAAGUGCGGACUGGCCUCCGGAGAAAGCCCGAGAAAGGACCCUGGGAUCGACUCCAGAACAGCCUCCCUGGCAGCGGAGAGCUUUGUCUGGGGAAGCCCCAGUGUUCCUUCGCGUCCUUCGGAAGCGCCCCCUGCAGCCCCAGGGAAUGCUCAGUUCGAGCUGAGCACAGAGGCAGAGGUCAAAGGUCACAAGUCAGAACCACAGAGCCAAGGCAGGGACUCUGUGCAGCAAGGUGAGUGCAGGCCUCAGACUGCUCCCCGCCUGGCGAGCCCUGGGGGUGAAGGCCAGGCCGCAGGCCCUCUCGGACUACAAGGGCCCCUGACAGAGGUUUCUGUCCGCAAAACCGAAGUUCCUUUGGAGGUCAGCGCCCAGGAGGACCAAGAGGCUAUGGGCCGAGUUUUAAAACCCACAGCAGCCAAAGAAUUGCCUAAUCCGACACGCACUUUGACAGCCAAUAACCCACUGGAAAGCAGCCUGAAAGAAGGGAAUGAUGCAAGGGCAAUGGCCACGCUGCAGAAGGACACUCAGAAAGAGUUCUCUGAAGCAGCUGAGGGUGUGAAAGAACUUAACAAGGAGAUGAGCAUCUUAGCUUCGGAGCAGCUGCCCCAGGGCAAGAGUCAGGCUCCUGGGCCCGGGAGCGAGCCACUUAAGAGAACAGCAGGAGUACCCCGGCCAGAAGAAGGACCAGCCGCAGCGAGCGUGACCGGAAAUGACAUCACGGCCCCUCCAGACAAGGAGCUCCCGCCCAGCCCCGAGAAGAAAGCCAAGGUAGUGGCCGGAACGCCUUCGGCCACAACUCAUCCUGCAAAGACUUCGACACCGAAAGCCAAAACUCAGCCCACUUCUCUCCCUAAGCAACCAGUGCCCGCCGCCGUGGGCGGGCCGGCCAAAAAGCCCAUGAGCCCCGCCUCAGGCCCGGGGCCCGCCGCCCCACCCAAACGCCCUGCAGCCGCCACCGCCAGGCUGUCCGCCUCGCCUGCCAAGGACGCCAGGCCCAAGCCUGUUGCAGAAGCAAAGGCUCCCGAGAAGAAGGCCACGCCGUCCAAGCCCACCUCGGCCUCGGCCUCCAGGCCCGGCUCCAGGAGCACCCAGGCCUCUCCAAAGGCCCCCGCAGCCGCCUCUGUGGCCUCAACUGGGCCGAGCAGCAGGAGCGCCCCGGUGGCCCUGCCCAGGAGGCCCGCCGGCACCAAGACUGAGGGCAAGUCUGCAGACGUCAAGAAGAUGGUGACAAAGUCUGUGCCAGCUGACCUGAGUCGCGCCAAGAGCAGCUCCAGCAGCGCCUCGAGGAAGGUCGCCACUGGCCCCGGGGCGGCCUCCCCGGCAGGCUCGGCUCCCGGUCGCGCCAGGCCCACGCCCGUGUCUCCCCGGCCCUCUGGGGCUCUUGCCGCCGACAAGAAGCCCGCGUCAGCCAGGCCCAGCUCCUCGGCCCCCAGGCUGAGCCGCCCGGCGGCCAGCGCGUCCAUCCCUGAUCUGAAGAACGUCCGCGCCAAGGUCGGCUCCACGGAGAACAUCAAGCAUCAGCCCGGAGGCGGCCGGGCCAGAGUGGAGGAGAGAGCAGAGGCGGCAGCUGCAGCUCGAAAGCCUGGCCCUCAGGCGGCCACUAAGCCUGCUGGCCCCGGCGUGAGUGCACAGAGGGCACCUGCGGGCAAAGUCCAGAUAGUCUCCAAAAAACUGAGCUACAGCCAUGUUCAGUCCAAGUGCGGCUCCAAGGACAAUAUUAAGCAUGUCCCUGGAGGCGGCAACGUUCAGAUUCAGAGCAAGAAGGUGGACAUCUCCAAGGUCUCCUCCAAGUGCGGGUCCAAGGCCAACAUCAAGCACAAGCCCGGUGGAGGGGAUGUCAAGAUUGAAAGCCAGAAGCUGAACUUCAAGGAGAAGGCCCAGGCCAAGGUGGGGUCCCUGGACAACGUGGGCCACCUGCCAGCGGGCGGGGCCGUGAAGACUGAGGGCGGCGGCAGCGAGGCCGCUCCGAGCCCGGGCCCCCCCGCGGGGGCAGAGCCGGCUGUGCCCGAGCCCACGCCCGAAGCUGGCGCCCCCACUCCAGCCAAUGGCCUCAGUGGCCACACCACCCUGGCAGGGGGUGGUGACCAAAGGGAGGCGCAGACCUUGGACUGCCAGAUCCAGGAGACAAGCAUCUAACGCUGCAUUCUGGUCUCGUCUCCGUCCCCUCUGUCGCCCUCUUGUCUCCCUCGUUCCCUCUCCCGUCCCGCCUCCCAUGUCCCUGCAGAUUGAGACCUACAGGCUGACGUUCCGGGCAAACGCCAAGGCCCGCACCGACCACGGGGCUGACAUUGUCUCUCGCCCCCCCCACUUCCUCGGUGGCCCCAACUCAGGCCCCCGGGCCCUUGGCUCCCUGCCCCGGGCUGCCCAC